GCGUUAUGGAUAUUUGAAGGAUUCAGAGCUUUCGGGUGGCGGCAGUCUGGUGAAUUUGGCCUCAGCUCUCAAGAAGAUGCAGCAGCGGCUGGGGCUAAAGGAGACCGGGCAAUUGGAUGCCCCCACCCUUGAAGCCAUGCGAGCCCCUCGCUGCGGAGUUCCCGACAUUGGCGGCUUCCAGACUUUCCAGGGAGACCUCAAGUGGGACCACACCGACAUCACCUACCAGGUGCUGAACUAUUCCCCCGACCUGGACCCUUCCAUCAUCGAAGAUGCCUUCCGAAGGGCCUUCAAGGUGUGGAGUGACGUCACGCCUCUCACCUUCACCCGCAAGGAGAGCGGGAAGGUCGACAUCGAGAUCCGGUUUGGGACUGAAGAACAUGGCGACGGCUACCCCUUUGACGGCAAGGACGGACUCCUGGCACACGCCUUCCCUCCAGGCAAAGACAUCCACAGUGGAGACGCCCAUUUUGAUGAUGAUGAGUUCUGGACGCUGGGCACCGGAACUGUGGUGAAGACCUUCUAUGGGAAUGCCAAUGGCGCUCUCUGCCACUUCCCCUACACCUUUGAGGGAAAGUCCUACUCCACCUGCACCACUGACGGGCGCUCCGACGGCGUGCCCUGGUGCGCCACCACGGCCAGCUUCGACCAGGACAAGCUCUAUGGAUUCUGCCCCAGCGAACUUCUGUACACGUACGAAGGGAACAGCGACGGAGAGAAGUGUGUCUUCCCCUUCAUCUUCGAGGGCAAGUCCUACGAUGGCUGCACUACCGAGGGGCGAACCGAUGGCUACCGCUGGUGCGCAACCACUGACAACUUUGAUCGCGACCAGAAGUAUGGCUUCUGCCCCACCAAAGACACAGCCGUGAGUGGCGGGAACUCCCCAGGUGAAGAGUGCAAGUUCCCUUUUACCUUCCUGGGCAAAACGUACAGCGCCUGCACCUCCGAGGGACGUGCCGAUGGGAAGCUGUGGUGCGCCACCACCAGCAACUACGACACGGAUAAGAAGUGGGGCUUCUGCCCUGAUAAAGGGUACAGCCUCUUCCUGGUGGCGGCACACGAAUUCGGCCACUCGCUGGGCCUGGAGCACUCCAGCGUGCUGGAAGCCCUGAUGUACCCCAUGUACAGCUACGUGGCGGAUUUCCACCUGCACUCCGACGACGUGGCCGGUAUCCAGUUCCUCUAUGGUUCCAGGACUGGGCCCAGCCCCCCGACGCAAAGCCCCGACAUCUCCCCCACACGAAGCUCUGAUCUCCCCCCCACAAGAAGGCCCGACGUCCCCACCCAAACCACCACGGAGGCGGAGGACACGUCCACCUCAGGCGAGGACGGCUCCAUGACAGAGUCCACCCCGGUGGAGCCCCCCAGUGACGCCUGCAAAGUCCAGGGCUUUGAUGCCGUGACACAGAUCCAGAAGGAGCUGCACCUCUUCAAGAACGGGCAAUACUGGAAGAAGCCAGCGGCAGGAAAGGGGCCCAUCAAAGGCCCGCUGAGGAUCCGGGACACCUGGCCAGCCCUCCCGGACGUGAUCGAUGCCGCCUUCCAGGAUAAGCUGACCAAGAAGCUCUUCUUCUUCUCUGGCCAGCGCUUCUGGGUGUACCAGGGGACAAGAGUGUUGGGCCCGCGGAGCAUUGAGAAGCUGGGCAUUGGCAGAGACGUGCCAAAGAUCUUUGGGGCGCUGCAGAGAGGCCGGGGCAAGGUUCUGCUCUUUCAUGGAGACAAGUACUGGAGGCUGGACGCCAAAGCUGAACAGGUGGACAAAGGCUACCCCAAGCGCACCGAUGAUGUCUUUUCAGGAGUCCCGCUGGACUCACAGAAUAUCUUUGUGUACCAAGGCAAAUACCACUUCUGCCAGGCCCCCUUUUGCUGGCGAAUGACCCCACAGUACCAAGUGGACAGGGUGGGCUACCUGAAGUACGACAUCCUGAACUGUCCGGAGCAGCAGUAG